GUUCUGGUAAAAAGAAACCAGUCAGCGACCGUUCGUGGCACGAAGGGCAGCAGCAGCCAGGCAGCAAGCAGCAACCAGCACCUCUUCAGAUCAUCCAGCAUUAACAAAGCCCAGUGUACCUUCUCUCUGCCUGCCUUGCGCUCAUCAAUGUGUUUCGUGACAAAUAGCGAGUGUUCGGAAUGAAAAAUGUGCGCGUGCUAAUUAGACUUAAGCCAAGAUGGAUACCAUUAAGACACGGAUAAGAAAACAUGGUUAACUAAAGAGAUGAAUCAACCACCGGCUGGGCUUUUGGAGCGGCUGUCUCCGCGGCCCGUGUGCCCUUUGGUCCGCCUGGGCCGGUCGACACCCCUAUCUGAUCAACCGGCGGGCUCCACGGACGAUAUUUAUACUGCCGAGCUGUACACUUACGAAACGGGGAGAUACAAGCAGCAAUCAUUAGACUAUCAGGAAAAAUCGGAGCACUCUCUCAUAAGCCAGCGAUUUUAUCAGCAGCAUUCUUAUUUACAAACCGAGGGUCCGUGCUCCAGUCAAUCACCUCGCGCUACGAAUUACCAGAAGCAAAAUUCUUUGGACUUAUCGUCGCUAUCAUUGGGAACGAGUUAUUGGGAUCAUGAAAACUAUAGCAAAAUAGAGACCAGCCAGUCGGACUCGAGCCACGAGUACUUCAACAUGACCCCGAAGCUGCACCACAGCGAGACCAAUUACCUGCUGGAUAACUUCACGAAGUUGGGCAAGAACAGCCCGAACCUGGACCAAGGAUACCACACGCUGGUCUCCCCGAGCCCGGGGUCGACCACCCCAAAUCUGUGGACGGACGGUCACAUCUACAAGGGGAAACGCUACCAAAUGAAGAACAACUCCUUCGAUCGGCUGAGCGACGAGCUAGUGAUUAGAAUAUUCUCGUUCCUGCCCAGCUCCGACCUAAGUGUGUGCGCGAGGGUAUGUCGCAGGUUCGACAACUUGGCUUGGAAGCCUUGCCUGUGGCGAACGAUCCUUUUAUCUGGGGAAUCUUUGAGUGGAGAUAAGGCGAUCCGAGGCGUCCUGAGACAGUUGUGCGGACAAGGGACGACGGGGGCAUGUCCGGGCGUGGAAAAAGUGCACUUAAUCGACGGUGCUAAGAUCACCGAUAAAGGACUUUUGCUCUUGGCGAGGAGAUGCCCUGAGCUAACGCAUCUGCAGAUUCAAGGAUGCCCGGCCGUCUCAAACAACGCCAUUUACGAAAUCGUCACCCGCUGCUCCAAUCUCCAACAUUUAGAUAUUACCGGCUGUGUUCAAUUGUCUUGCCUGACGCCCAUCUCCGGGCCCGACCCGCCGAAAAGGCUGCAACUCCAAUACCUGGACUUCACAGACUGCCCUUCGCUGCAGGACAAUGGCUUAAGAAUAAUAGUUCGGAACUGUCCCCAACUCGCCUAUUUGUAUUUACGCCGAUGCAUUCAAAUAACAGAUGCAGGAUUGAAGUUCGUGCCAAGUUUCUGUUCGGGCCUCCGGGAGUUGAGUGUGAGUGACUGUUCUAACAUCACAGACUUUGGCCUAUACGAACUUGCUAAGUUGGGGGCAAUACUGCGGUAUUUGUCAGUGGCGAAAUGCGAUCAAGUGAGCGACGCCGGUCUCAAAGUUGUCGCGCGCAGAUGUUACAAACUUAGAUACUUAAACGCGCGGGGAUGCGAGGCAGUCUCUGACGAUGCCAUCACCGUCCUCGCCAGAUCCUGCACCCGUCUUCGGGCCUUGGACAUCGGCAAGUGUGACGUCAGCGACGCAGGUCUUCGCGCCCUCGCUGAAAGCUGUCCGAACUUGAAAAAGCUGAGCUUGCGAAACUGUGAUUUAGUUACUGAUAGGGGUGUGCAAUGCAUCGCGUAUUACUGCAGAGGUUUACAGCAGUUAAAUAUCCAGGACUGCCAGAUAUCCUUGGAAGGAUACAGGGCCGUCAAGAAGUACUGCAAGCGCUGCGUCAUUGAGCACACCAAUCCUGGUUUCUUCUAGUUAACUUCAAUACUCUAUUCAAAACGAAAGUAUUUAUUUUCCUAUUGUAUAUAACUGUAAAUUUUUUCCUAUUUUUGUACGUAAUAAAUAUUAUCAAUUACAUGACCCAAAAUUGUAUGAAACAAGAAGACUUUCCAUUAGAUAACAACCAAUUUUAAAUAGCAAUUCGUAUAAGUUGGAAAUUCUCACUUUCAAUGGUUUUUGCCAAUAGUUACUGGUCACCCAUCCAAAUGCUACCCGUCACGGAGUUUGCUUUACCUUCCUAAGAAAUAACAUAUGUCACCCAAUAAAUUAUUAUUUGAUCUAACUUAUAUCCAACAUCAAACUAUAAUUUAUUUAAAUCCAA